GGAUUCCCUGGGUCUCUGUAAAUCGAGGAUAUCAACAUGUCAGACUUCGAAAUGAUCCGGAGUCCUAGAACAGACCAGGGGAUUGUGCUUGAAGAUGAGUGGCCAGGCUACGACCUAAACCUUUUUACGUACCCUGAACAUUACCACGGAGACUUGGAGAACAUCUACAUUCCGCACGGUGUCAUCAUGGACAGGACCGAGUGCCUGGCUCGCCUGGUGGUGGACGACACGGAUGACCACUACAUGGUGGUGCUGUGCGUGCUGAAGGGCGGCUACAAGUUCUGCGCUGACCUGGUGGAGUGCAUCAAGGCGGUGAGCCGCAGCACGCCCAAACACAUGACCGUGCGCGUGGAGUUCAUCCGCCUCAAGAGCUAUCUGAAUGACCAGUCCACCGAGGACCUCCACAUCAUCGGCCCAGAGGACCUGUCGGUCAUCACAGGAAAGAACGUCCUGAUCGUGGAGGGCAUUGUUGACACAGGAAAGACCAUGAAGGCCCUGCUGGAGCAUGUGAAGACCUUCCAGCCUAAGAUGGUCAAGGUUGCAGGCCUGCUGGUGAAGAGGGUGCCUAAUGUGGUUGGAACUCUGCCGGAUUAUGUGGGCUUUGUGAUCCCUAACCGAUUUGUGGUGGGCUACGCCUUGGACUACAACGAGUAUUUCCGUGACCUCAAUCACAUAUGUGUGAUCAGUGAUCAGGGGAAGGUGAAGUAUAAGAUCUAAAGACGCAUGACGUACAGAUCUGCAGACACCUCCCCUGGACUCUCUCCAGCAGCACCUGCUGCCAGAGGACAAAGAUGAACCUCCAGCUCUCCCGCUGAUGAAGAUGAUGAUGACGAUGAUGAUGGGUUGAUUUGCCUGCUAAAACCCGCUAUCUUCCUAUUGAUGGCUGUAUUAUGAUAGCUUUCCCAAAGGAGACAUUGUCCCCAAAAGGCCUUGGAUUUUCAGUUUACAAUGUUUCUACUGUGUUGUUUCAUACACAGCCUGUCUUACCCAUAGCUGUGUGGGAUUUUCCAUCAUGUGUUUAAAAAAUAUGACACAUUUUAAUAGCCCUUGACAAAUGUUCUGGCAAACCUUAGACCAAGAAUGUUCCACUACCUGGCAGCUUUUUUGGGGUGUUAUGACUACUAGGAGUUCAGUGGCGGAGGAGGGAGGUUGCGUAGCAUUUUGCCUUUUCGUAAUGUUGAUUAUUAGCAUUGUUUUGUGUGAGCUAACAUGUGCUUUCAA